AUGCUGCUGCGGGGGCUGGCGGGGGCGCGCCGGGGGACUGGCACAGCACGGGGGUCUCGGUUCCCUGCAGCCCCCAAAGAGCCCCAGGGGGACCCCACGGCCCCACCCCGCCACCUCCUGCGGCCCCCGGGAGCGUUCGGACACCGCGGCAGGGGCUGGGGGCACCUCGGACACCCCGGGCAGGGACAGCGGGACAGCCACCCCCAGUGGCGACAGGGGGGACCCCCCCGCGGCCCCCCCGCUGCGCCCACCCACUGCUGCGGGACCGGCUGCCCCAACUGCGUCUGGGUGGGAUACGUGGAGGAGCUGCUGCAGCGGCACCGGGACGGCGGAGCCCAGGCCCUGGCGGCCGUGGAGCAGCACGUGGAGGACGAGAACAUCAAAAUGAUCCUCAGGAUGGAGAUCAGGCUGCGUGCCAGGAAGGACUGA